AUGAUCUCGUCGCUCAUGUUGCUUCUCACUGGUUUUGUUGUCGCUCUCUUCGCCGGCCCCGAGCCAGUCAUCGGGGCCAUUACAUCUAGCUUACAGAGCAUCUUGAAGAACACCCAUGGUAGCAAAGAGUACGGCUAUCCCACAGACCUCACUCGAGAUAUCUUGCCGUCUCCUAUUCUGAUUGCGACUGACGCCAUCCAAGUGAUUACUGGAGAGAUGAACCCUUUUGGACCGGUUGGCCAUGAUCAAUCCGCCUUAACAGCGGCACGAACACUAGAGUCUCUCUAUAUAAAUCCCAUUCUGGACGUCCUGGAGCGCCAGAACCCGGAGUCUCCGUUUGUGACAUCACCCACCAAGAAGUCACGGUGUCUGGGACACCGUCCCGGAUCAAACACUCUACUUCUUCAUCGAUGUGAAAACAUCCGGGCCAGAGACCUUCGAGGCCGUCGUCGCGGCUCUAGCCCCCUCCGCGAGAAGGGCUACCUCACCACCCUGAAGAACAACGAAACCAUCACCAACGGCCCAGUAACUAUUAUCGGCACGGGGGAAACUACUCUGGAGAUGGUAGCCCCAAUAGCAGACCGCGAUUACUUCUUCGAUGCCCCACUCGCGGACCUGAAUGACCCCAAAUACGACGAGGUCACAUCCCUGGUAUCCCCCAUCGCAUCGACAGAUUUUGAGGAGGCCGUAGGCCCAGUCACUGCUGAUACAGAGCCCAUCCUGACAGAUAGCCAGCUCAGCGCUCUCCGUGAUCAGAUUUCUACCGCCAAGGCGCGCGGAAUUGGCGCGAGGUACUGGAACACGCCGUACUGGCCUGUGCGGACAAGGAAUCUGGUCUGGAGGACCCUGGUUCAUGAGGGUGUGAAGCUCCUUAAUGCGGAUGACCUGAAUGCUGUUGUGGCGUCCUUCUAG